AUGGGCAGGAGAAAAAUUGAGAUCCAACCGAUCACCCACGAGCGUAAUCGUUCAGUAACUUUUUUAAAGCGUAAGAAUGGCCUCUUCAAAAAGGCCUAUGAACUCGGCGUCCUUUGCUCGGUCGAUGUCGCCGUCGUCAUCUUCGGCGAGUUUAUUCAUGAACGCGCGGGUCAUCACUUGAAACUUUAUCAAUACUGUUCUGGAGACAUCCAUGAUAUCAUUCAGCGUCACGUUCGUUAUGAUGGAGAGAAAGACACUAGAACUCCUCACGAUUUCGUGAACAACGCCAAUGCCAAACUUAAUCAUCAUGACGCCGAUAUCGACGACGACGAGGGUGAUGACGACGACGACCCAGACUCUGUUCCCACACGUGGAAGUAAGAGGCGCCACGAGCCCAAGUUCAAAGCGGAAUACAGUAACAACGCGAAACUUCUGAUUCCCUCAGGAGGUGACAUGGGUUUAAACAUGGCUGAUUAUCACCGUCCUAUGACCAUCCCUCCCCCACCCAUGCCCCUUCAUCACUCGUCACAGCUUCCAUCGGCUGGUGGAGGAUCUGCACUUCCUAUCUCCACAGAACGCCACUCGUCUUCCGGUCGGUUGCUCCCUCCAAACGGUCAAAUUAGCUCUCAAAAGAAGCCCCGUCUAGCGCCUAACGUUCAUGGAGGCAAUGGCUCCAAGCUUUCAGGGGACGAGUCUAUGUACAAUGGUUAUCUCCCCUCACCCACGUCGGCUCAUUCUACUGCAUAUCGAUCGAACGGUCCAUCGUCUCAUCAACUUCCAUACAAUGGAUAUAUGGGAGUGUCAAACAGUCCCCCGCAGUCCUUCCUGCCUUCAACUUUUGACUUCCCGUCCUCGUCAUCCCGAGGCUCUAAUUUACCGCGUAAUAAUAGCUACAGCAGCCAACGGUCAUCUUAUUCUCAACCUCAGGACCCCCAAUUACAGGGAAUGUAUCAUCAGUUAAUGCGGCACAAUCAGCCGCAAGGUCAACAUUCCCACUCAAGCGGUUUGCAUUCCCAGCAGUCUCCAGACUCCUUGUUAUCCACAUUUCUAGACAAUGAUGAGCAUCGGCAGCCGCAAAGCACAGGUCCACAAUACGCGCCACUUGAUUGGCCCUCCCAUGGACCAUCACAGCCGCCACUGCCACCUCCAUCACAACCUCCACAGCAAGAAUCAGGCCCUCCUGGAGACCCUAGCUGGCUCGAUUUCUUGUCGCAGAAUGCGUCUCAAUCAGGCGCCCAACAGCUUCAUAUGACACUGCCCCCCGCUAAUGGCCGAGAUGGUCUCUCUUGGGAGCGAGAUCGCGAUGCGGAGCAUUACUCCGCUGAACGCGGUGGUGACCUUCAUCCGGAUAAGUCUUCCAAUGGAGGAACGUUGAUGUCUCCGCGUUCAUCACGCAAACGGCCACGUGCUGCAUCAAGUGCUGCGGAUGAGAAACGCUCAUCGCCCAGUGCGCGAGCUGUUUCAGGACAGGACAAGAUGCAUGACCCUGGCAGCAGCAGUGGGAUAGACAAACAAGACAAAUGA